UUACUAGAUGGCACUUGCUGUAGCAGCCCACUGAGGGCUCUUUCCCUUGGGAUCUUGGACUUGUAAGUAAGACUUCAGACUGGGAAGAUGCUGAGUUCCAUCAAGUGCGUGUUGGUAGGGGACAGCGCUGUGGGGAAAACCUCCCUAUUGGUGCGCUUCACCUCUGAGACCUUCCCAGAGGCCUACAAGCCCACUGUGUAUGAGAACACAGGUGUGGAUGUCUUCAUGGAUGGCAUCCAGAUCAGUCUUGGUCUCUGGGACACAGCUGGCAAUGAUGCUUUCAGAAGCAUUCGGCCCCUCUCCUACCAGCAGGCAGACGUAGUUCUGAUGUGCUACUCUGUGGCCAACCAUAGCUCAUUCCUGAACUUGAAGAACAAGUGGAUCAGUGAGAUCAGGAGCAACCUGCCCUGUACCCCAGUGCUGGUGGUUGCCACACAGACUGACCAGAGAGAGAUGGGGCCCCACAGGGCCUCCUGCAUCAAUGCCAUAGAAGGGAAGAGACUGGCCCAGGAUGUGCGAGCCAAGGGCUACCUGGAGUGCUCAGCCCUUAGCAACCGAGGGGUACAGCAAGUGUUUGAGUGUGCCGUCCGUACUGCCGUUAACCAGGCCAGGAGACGAAACAGAAGGAGGCUGUUCUCCAUCAAUGAAUGCAAGAUCUUCUAAAGCCCAUGACCCUGUAUCCAACACUCAUGAAUGUACCUCAAAGACUAAUGGGAAAGAGGGGAAAGAGGCAAGCCAGGAGGGUUGAUGCUCUUUCUUGGCACAUUUGUACAGCCUUUCCUUCUGGAUAGAGUUGUCCAUGAGGUUGGCCACCGAAUGCUUUUACUAACUACAUUCUACAGAUGAACUCUGCCCAGCGCAACAAGAGAGCUCCCUUGGAAAGCCAAAUGAAUGGUCCUGUCUUGAAUUAAAACCAUCCUGAUUUAGACAAUGAAGUGAAUUCUCCAAGCAGUCCAUAUUUAAGGACACAUUUUAUUUAAAUAAUAACCAAAUAUAUAGCUCUUGUAUAUAGUCAGUUUUUACACCUGGGAAGCCUUUUGCUUGAAAAAGCAAAC